AUGUUCACUCAGGCCAAAUCGGAAACCUCAUAUUUAACAUUUUUGGAGCUACGAAAACAUAAAAUGGCACGCUUUGAUGGAAAGACAGUGGUAGUAACAGGCGCAGGGUCUGGCAUAGGCCGCGAGGUAUCACUAUGCUUUGCCACCGAAGGAGCAACAGUAAUAGCCCUGGACAUCUCAUGCCCCAUGCCAUUCGAGGAAUCCAAUAUUCACUACCGAAAACAUGAUGUUCGGCUUGAGGAGGACUGGAAUAGCCUCGUGACCGAACUUUCGACAAAAGAAGGUGCUGAUUGCUUGGUGAACUCUGCUGGAAUCAUGGACUACGCUCCCCUGGAUGAGGUCGACUUGAGCAGCUGGCGCCGAACCAUGGCGGUUGAUCUAGACGGUGUUAUGCUCGGUAUGCGUGCGAUAAUCCCAUUGAUGAAAGAACGAGGCGGCUCUAUUGUCAACAUCUCUUCGGUCUGGGGCUUGGUGGCUGUCUCUGGCUGUGCAGCAUACCACGCAGCCAAAGCAGCUGUAACACACCUGACCCGAAAUGCUGCCGUCACUUACGCUCCUCAUAAUAUUCGAGCCAACGCGAUCCACCCGGGAAUCAUAGCAACGCCCCUGGUUCUCAAACAACCAGACGAGUUCAACCAAGCUAUGAUUAGUCGCACGCCCCUGGGCCGAAUGGGUAAACCGGUGGAAAUCGCAAAAUGUGUCUUGUUUAUGGCUAGCGAUGAUGCGUCAUUUAUGACUGGAGCGGCAAUUGCCGUCGAUGGUGGCUGGACGGCUCAGUAG